UCGCAAGACUUUCCCUAAUUUCAUUCCAGUUACAUUUUAAUUUUUUUCUAUAUAAACAACUGAGGACAGAACGAGAAAGGCACAUCAAAUCAACAUUUCCAGAAUUUCUCUCUUGUUCCUUCUUUGCUCUCUUUUUAUCACUAUCAUGGCCAGAAAGAAGGUGGACCUUACCUACAUAGCCAACGACUCGAAGAGGAAGGCAACGUUAAGGAAAAGGAAAAAUGGUUUGAUCAAGAAAGUUGAUGAAAUCAGCAUCCUUUGCGGCAUUGAAGCAUGUGCUAUAAUUUAUGUUCCGGAAAACCCUACACCUGAGGUUUGGCCAUCUGAUUGGGGGGUUCAGAAUGUGCUUUCCAGGUUUAGGGGAGUGUCUGAACUGGAACAAAGCAAGAAAAUGUUGAGCCAAGAGAGUUUCCUGAGGCACAGGAUCAUCAAGGCUCAAGAGCAGUUGAAGAAACUAAAGGCUGAAAAUAGGAAGAAGGAGAUGACCCUUAACAUAUACCAGUACUUUAAUGCUUCUGGAAACAUUUUUGAUAGUGCCAACAUGAUUUAUCUGAAUGAUAUCGCACACAUGACCACUCAAAACUUGCAGGAAAUUGACAGAAAAAUCAAUAGAGACCAACAACCCCAAGACCAAGAGGUUGUGGCACCGGUUGUUCCAGAAGGAGGGGAAAUCAUGGCUCAGCAGGGAGAACAAGCACAGCUUGUGAAUGAUCAUGUGCAAGUGCCUGAGGCCAAUAAUGUGAAUGCUGUUGGAAACCAGGAUUGGCCUGUGGAAAUGAUCAAUGGUGCUGAUGGGGACCAGAUGUUAACAAUGGAUGAUGUUAAUCUUCCAAGUGGUUGGCUUAACCAAUAUAUCCCUUGAAAAAAUUGUGUUCUUCUUGGGAUGAUUUGGUUUCAAUAGUUGUUUUGUUUCUCUUGUUUGAACCGUUCGGUGUUUGUUGUCUUUGAAUGUGUCUAUGUUUAGACACUGAAAUAAUAUUAAUGAUAUUUGGACUUGUUGCUCA